AUGGCUGACGAGGGGGCACCUUGGCAGCAGGAUGAUGGUUUCGAGGAGGAGGAAGAUAUUGAUGAAACGGUUUAUAAAACUGUCAAAGAUGCUGUCCUUUUCGCCAUUGAGAUUAGCGAGUCCAUGUUAACACCGCCACCCGAUGGUGACUCCAAGAGAGCUGAUAAAGAAUCGCCCGCCACUGCUGCCCUUAAGUGCGCAUAUCAUAUGAUGCAACAGCGCAUAAUAUCAAACCCCAAGGACAUGAUUGGGAUCCUGCUCUACGGUACUGAGAAAUCCAAGUUCUACGAUGAGGAAGAGAGUGGGCGGGGAAACCUGUCAUACCCCCGAUGCUAUCUCUUUACGGACCUUGAUGUACCAGCCGCAGAGGAUGUGAAGAAACUCAGGGCAUUAGUACAUGAUGAGGAAGAAGCAGAUCAGAUAUUGGUACCUUCAAAGGAACGGGUGUCAAUGUCCAAUGUUUUAUUCUGCGCGAACCAGAUAUUUAGCUCCAAAGCUCCCAAUUUCUCCUCCAGACGGUUAUUUAUCGUAACGGACAACGAUGACCCACACUCUAAAGAUAGGGGUCUGAGGUCCGCUGCCACAGUUCGAGCGAAAGAUUUAUACGAUCUUGGUGUCAUCAUCGAACUAUUCCCAAUAUCCAGACCCAAUCAGGAAUUUGACAGAUCGAAGUUCUUUGACGAUAUUAUAUACAAAGCCUCUCCGACAGAUCCAGAAGCCCCUGCCUUUUCUACUCAAACUAAGUCCUCAACCUCUGGUGGCGAUGGUAUCUCACUCUUGAAGUCACUACUGUCUUCGAUAAACUCCAAGUCGGUGCCUCGUAGAGCUCUAUUUUCCAAUGUACCGUUGGAAAUAGGACCAGAUUUCAAAAUCUCAGUGACAGGUUAUUUAAUAUUCAAACGUCAAGAACCUGCACGGAGUUGUUACGUGUGGCUGGGAGGAGAGGAGCCCCAAAUCUGCAAUGGAAUCACUACACAGAUGGCUGACGACUCUGCACGUGAAGUAGAAAAGUGGGAGAUUCGGAAAGCAUAUAAAUUUGGUGGGGAGCAGAUCUCGUUCACUCUAGAUGAACAGGCUUCGUUGCGAAAUUUUGGAGACCCUACUAUCCGAAUAAUCGGAUUCAAGCCAAUUUCAUCACUCCCAAUCUGGGCCUCUAUGAAACACCCAACGUUCAUAUAUCCGUCCGAGGAAGGAUAUGUUGGUUCCACCCGUGUCUUCUCCGCCCUCUAUCAAACACUUUUGAAGAAGCGGAAACUAGCACUUGUAUGGUUCGUGCCGCGUAAAAACGCCGCGCCAGUUAUGGCCGCCAUGAUUCCUGGAAAGGCUAAGCUGAACGAGGAUGGAGAGCAAAUGAUUCCGCAGGGCAUGUGGAUCUUGCCGCUACCUUUCGCGGACGAUAUCCGACAAAAUCCAGAAACAAAUCUCAUCAUCGCUCCGGAUGAAUUGGUCGAUAAAAUGCGAACUGUCAUCCAAUUUCUGCAGCUACCCAAGGCGCAGUAUGACCCUCAAAAAUACCCAAAUCCUUCAUUACAAUGGCACUACCGCAUCUUACAAGCACUGGCCCUUGAUGAAGAUCUCCCUGAAAAACCUGAAGACAAAACGAUACCCAAAUAUCGUCAAAUCGAUAAGCGCGCCGGUGAGCAUGUGAUAGCCUGGGGAGAGGAAUUAGAAUCCCAAUAUCUAAAAAUGGAAACGGAACAACCCUUCAUCUCAACGCUCGUCAAGCGACCCACAAGCAAGUCUCAGGAACAAAUCAAGGAGGAACCACGUCCAGCCAAAAAAGCGAAGACUGGUGCUGAUGCUGUUGGCGCCGGCGACGAAGUGAGGAUGCACUACGAAAAAGGGACCUUGAAUAAAUUAACCGUUACUUUCCUGAAAGAAUUCCUACAAUCUCAAAAUUUGUCUACGACGGGUAAGAAGGCAGAUUUGAUUGAAAGGGUUGAAGAACUUUUUGAACAGAAAUGA